UCGGCGGCGGGGCUGAGGCCGGCUAGACAUGUUCAAGGGUUACGGAGGAGGAAGGCCACCUCCGCCCGCAGCUCCGCGGCCGCGUUUACCCGCCUUGCCCUCCGCAGUCCGCCCGGGAUCUCAGCAGCAAAAAUUCCAGCCAGAUCCCACAGCCGGCACCAGUGCCACAACUGCCCCUUUUGUGCCCAACCUCAAUACCAUCACUACCAGCCACAACCUGCAGUGGAUGGUACAGCCGUCCCUCAUGGGUGCCUCCCCAGGACUCCCUCCGUUCCCCCGGCCGUAUCGCUGCCCGCAUUACCCAGCUGGCCUCCGUCCUGGCGUCAUUCGCACUACGGGCCCCGGCCUAGUGCCCCGUCGGCGUCACUCCGAGCACCUGACUCCGGAAGAGGACGAGCGACGGAGAUUGCGGAGGGAACGCAACAAACUAGCCGCCGCCAAAUGCCGCAAUCGGCGCAAAGAGCUGACCGACACGUUGCAAACGGAAACGGACCAGCUGGAAGCUGAGCAAUCAUGUCUCCGGAAAGAAAUUGCUGAAUUACAGAAAGAGAGAGAUCGUUUGGAGUUAGUUCUGGAAGCCCACCGUCCCAUCUGCAAGAUCCCGGAAGAAUCCUCCAGAGAUGAGGAGGGGGACUGCUACCGCCGCCCGGACGCCCGUUCCCAAUCGCCGGAGAAGCAGGCGCCAGCCCCAGGGCCCCAGUGUGGCUCUCGCCGGGCGGCCCCGGUGCCCCCUAGCAUCAUCCUGCCCCCCAUGGGCCUGCUGGAGCCGGAGUCUUUGCAUACCCCUACACUCAUGUCCACCCCAUCAUUCACUCCCUUCACCCCAAGUUUGGUCUUCACCUACCCAGUGCCGGGGGACCCCGACGGGCCCUCGGGGUCCGGCUUCCCCUCCGAGCCCUGCUCCUCUGCCCACCGACGGAGCAGCAGUGGAGACCACUCCUCAGAUUCCCUCAAUUCCCCCACACUGCUGGCACUUUGAGGAAACGGCCUUGGGUUGGGCUGUCUCGAAUCUUGUCCCCGUUUUGGGGAGGGGGGUGUUGUCAAAGGAUUAACCGUCCUUCCUGGCUACCCCCAAUUCCCUUUGGAUUCCCUUUGCGACCCCGGUUUCCAACCGAAGUCACCGGACUCCUGCUUUCCCCGCCCAGACGCAGGCAUCAGGUUUCUAGUCCUCAAGACCAGCCGGGAGCCUCUUUUUCCUUUGGUCUGGAAAAGCCCUGCAUUCCAACCAGGGUUUCGCGAAACACUAAAAUAUCUCUUUACUCUUGCCCUCGCCCUCGCCUUUAUAAGGGCCAAGUGGCUAGUCCUCAAGACUGACCUUUUUUUUUCUUUUGACAUUUUCUUUCUGGAAAACAAGCGGGAGUUUUCAGGUCCUUGGAUCAUGUUCAAGAAACAAAAUAUAUAUAUAUCACCGUUUUAAAGUCAUUUUUCACUUUAAAUGGCCUGUAUUUUUAAAACCAAGAAGAGAAAUUUAAGACGAAUAUAGAUUUAUUUUUCUACAAUGACCGCCGGGAUGACGUGGGACGUAGAUUGUCCAGAACUGAAGCUGGUUGGAUAUACUGUAUAUUGUUAUAAACAUACACAUUUUCUUUUCUUUUUUUUCCCCUGAUGCCUCAUGAAAGUUACAUUACAAGGGACGUUUGGACGAAGCCGUGAUUGCUUUGUGCCGUUUUAAAUGCUGCUGCUUGAUUUUUGAUACAAAAAUACAUAUUGUCGUUUCUUGGUGUCUUCAGACCUCAUGGGAAUUAAUUGGAGUUUAGGGUUGACAUUUAAAUAUAAAUAAAAAACGGCAAAGCACAGAACUUAACCAUCAGAGAUCAGCGAGGGAUAAAUUCAUCUGUUUUUUAAUUCUGUAAACUUUAUUUUUUUUAAACAUAUGCUGCAGUGAUUCACAGCGCUGGAAACAAUCCCAGAUGUGUUAUUUUAGAUGGGUUGGGUAUUCCCCCCCCUUUUUGGCUUAACUUUUUCUUGAAAAUAAACCAAAUAUUGCUGCUAGACCUCAUGAAUUCUGUCGGUUUGUCAGGAAUACUAUCUUAAGCGUAGGACGGUCAUUUUGGAAAAUGGAAAGACGUAAAGAUUCCACGGAGAAUUGCAUCUAAAAACGGUAGUUUUUCAACUUAUGACCGCAGUCUUCAUGGCUAAGGAAGGCAGCGGUUAAGUAAGUAACCCCCGAUGGGGUUGAUAAGCCAAUUGCUGCCCUUGUUAAAUGAAUCGUGCGGUCAUUAAGUGAACCCAGCUUCCCCGUCGAUUUUGCCGGCGAAAAACCGGCCAGGAAAUGAAUUAAAUUGAACUGAACUUUAAAUAUGGCCAAGUACGAUUCGACACGCAAGGAAUUCCCCGGCGAUCCUGUGACUCUGGAAACGCUGCAACCAUCAUAAAUACACACCAAUUGCGCCAAGCACCUGAAUUCAAAUCACGGGGAUGACGGGAACAUUGCCACGGUCAUUAACUACGAGAACCAGUCCCUCUUUUCAGGGCUGUCGUAGCUUCGAAGACUUGCCGAAAGGAUGGCUGCAAACCGAGGACUAUCUGAUUAACCGCCAAGUCCAGUCCGAUCGGCGCUUUGCCUCUGCCAAUUUGAGCCUAAAAACCUCAUGAGGACUAGCUGCCCGCAGAGCUGGCUGCCGUAAAUUGGUGACACUUUAAUGCCCAAGCAGGCUAAACAAUAUUCCGUCUUGCGUAACCCAUUUCAGCCUCGCUUCCGGAAGCUGUAAAAGGAAAUUUCAAACAGAGAAGCAAAAACAAAAAAAAAGAGCAUUUUGACUCAUUUGUCCAUGGUAGAAAUCAUCUUUUUUUUCCAAGGAAAAUCACAGCCAGGAACCAAUGCCGUAAUCCCAGCUGAGUCGAAAACUUUUGUUUACAAUCUGGGGUUAGGUUUCCAGCAUUGCUAAAAAAUAAAAAACAGCACGUUUCCCAUCUCUUGCACGCCUUUUCCCCUGUCUCUGUUGGGAAACCUUUCUUUUUUUAAAAUUAAAAAAAAUCUGUACAAGGCGCUUUAGGAUUAAAUGUUUAUUUGGAAAAACGGGACUCAUUAAAAACAAACACUAUUGCAGCAGGAGUGUGUUGUGUGUGGUUUUUCAGCUUCGGUGAGCAUUUUCAGCUCAGGGCGAUCAAGCAGAGAGAGUGGAUUUCUUGUGGGGGCCAGCCGAGGAAACAAAGUGAUGGAUAAAAGCCAGACAUUUUGCAGAAACUUUUCAGAAACUUUAUCCGCUCAACGUUCCCUGUUUCUGGUCGCAUUCGCACAACCAGUUUCCCCGAGCAGGUAGAAAAUGUGAGUUAGUUCUAACUACGUAACAAAUGCUCUGUCCUAACCACUGGCAAUAAAAAUUUCACCAGAUAUAAGCUGGGAAGAUACGACCUGGUAAACUCACUCUGUCAAGGACUUAAGAGUCCUCAUCUCAAAUUAUCUAAGCCCCAGAGCUCACUGUAACAGCAUUUCCCAAAAGGCAUUAAGAGUUGUUAACCUAAUU